CAAGGAACACCACAAGCUGUGACGUCACCACCUAAGUACAGCAGACGUAGAAACUUCCCUUAGUCCUCUAAUAAGCUAUCUUCCACCAUGGCAUCUCUACUGAAGACCAUGUCAAUUUUCGCCGUGAUGCUCUGCAUCGCUGUAGGCUUCGCUGAAGCUUUUCCCACAGCAAUAAACGGAACCUCCGGAAAUUCGACACUGGGCGCUAUUCUCUCCUCUGGGAAUUCAACGAGCGGAAACUUUUCUAGAGCUUUCGCUUUCAACGCUUCAAGUGGAAACUUCACAGGUGGAAACUUUUCUAGAGCUUUCGCUUUCAACGCUUCUAGUGGAAACUCCUCAAGUGGAAACUUUUCUAGAGCUUUCGCUUUCAACGCUUCUAGUGGAAACUCCUCAAGUGGAAACUUUUCUGUCUUUGCUGGAAACUUCACAGGUGGAAACUCCUCAAGUGGAAACUCUUCUGUCUUUGCUGGAAACUUCACAGGUGGAAACUCCUCAAGUGGAAACUCUUCUGUCUUUGCUGGAAACUUCACAGGUGGAAACUCCUCAAGUGGAAACUCUUCUCUCUUUGCUGGAAACUUCACAGGUGGAAACUCCUCAAGUGGAAACUCUUCUGUCUUUGCUGGAAACUUCACAGGUGGAACUCCUCAAGUGGAAACUCUUCUGUCUUUGCUGGAAACUUCACAGGUGGAAACUCCUCAAGUGGAAACUUUUCUCUCUUCGCUGGAAACUUCACAGGCGGAAACUCCUCAAGUGGAAACUCUUCUGUCUUUGCUGGAAACUUCACAGGUGGAAACUCCUCAAGUGGAAACUUUUCUGUCUUUGCUGGAAACUUCACAGGUGGAAACUCCUCAAGUGGAAACUCUUCUGUCUUUGCUGGAAACUUCACAGGUGGAAACUCCUCAAGUGGAAACUUUUCUCUCUUCGCUGGAAACUUCACAGGUGGAAACUCCUCAAGUGGAAACUCUUCUGUCUUUGCUGGAAACUUCACAAGUGGAAACUCUUCAAGCGGAAACUUCACAGGUGGAAACUUCACAGGUGGAAACUUCACAAGUGGAAACUUUUCUGUUUUUGCCGGCAACUCUUCAAGUGGAAACUUUACGGGUGGAAACUCCACAAGUGGUAAUUUUCCUGUCUAUGUCAUCAACCCUUCAGGCGGAAACUUCACAGACGGAAACUCGUCAGUCAUCAUCACCGGUAACUCCACCAACGGAAACUACAGCUCGUUUGACCAGGUUCCGAUAAUUGGCUAACUCCAACCCCGAGGAGAAGAAUGAAUGCCAUAAUCUCAACAUAGUCGAUCACAAAAUAAGAUCUGCUUAUCUCUGAAAGACUGAUUUGGAAACCACCAUGACAAGCCGUUAGAUGAAACUCUUCCAACCACAAAAAGUGUAUUUAACAAUUUUCCCUUACAUUUAAAUAUUUUACGAGAACGGUGUUGCAGCUGAUCAAAAUAAACCUCAGACAUGUUUCGUUGUCAGGCGAAAUUUUCCUUACUCAAAGUGUAUAAUGUAAUAUAAUACUGCCAUUGUGUAAAAUGUGAGGAUAACAUGACGAAAUUAAGUGGAAAAUAAAAUAAAUUAGCAUUUGAAGAACCAAGAAA